AUGCCUCCUUUAUCUCAAUAUGAAAUCGAGCGCGAAGCAAAUAUCGCAAGAAAUCGCGCUCUCCUAGAGCAACUUGAGCUCACCCAAGCGGUUGCUUCUCUUCCGUCGAAGGCGCCCAAGGCGGAGCCCAAGGCCAAACCUGUUCAGCCUUCAAAACGAAGCAAGGCGAGCAAGGAGGCUGAGGCACCUCGACGACAAUCUGCCCGCCUCCGGAGAGGGGCGGUGGAUCCUAAUGAAGCACCGUCACAGAAGAGGAAGCGAGAAGCGGAGGAGGAGGAGAGACUCGCAAAGGAAGCAGAAGAGCGUCUUGAAGCCGAGGAACGCGCUCGUGCGGCGAAGCGUCCGAGACACCAUGAUCUUGAUAUUCAGGCGUUGGUGGACGACUUGGGCGCGGAGGAUAUAUCGACAUUAACUGAAUCUCUCCAGGCUAUUACGAAGGAGGAAUACCCUCGGAGGGCCGCCGAUAUUCAUUCUUACGCAGACCUGGACGACGAACAGGAAGAGCGGGAAGUGGCUGAAUUGAGGAGUAAACUACGGGGUCUCAAAGUCGUCGCUCGAGCAAAAGUGACGGAAGACCGCGUUUACAGCGCAGUGUAUCACCCAGAACCUUCCAAGGACUUAAUAUUCUUUGGAGACAAACAUGGUCAACUUGGAAUCUGGGAUGCCAGAGCCGCGCCGGACGAGGUUGCAGACGAAGACGAUGAUGUAACGCCAACGAAUAAAGAAAGCGGAAAGUACUGGCGAUUGCAGCUUCAUUGGCCCGCUACAUCGAAGUCUUCCAUAUCAUGUCUCAAGCUUAAUCCGGUCAAUUCUCAUAGCCUCUACAGUACUUCGUAUGAUUGUACUAUUCGUAAUCUCUCUUUCGGCUCGGGCGCGUCUACAGAAGUAUUUUCGACGACCGACAACACCUUAAUUUCGAGCAUCGAUCUCACCCCGACAGGUGCAGAUAUGUGGAUCUCUGAUGCACUUGGAGGAGUCACUCACUUAGACUUACGUGAGGAUAAGUCUAAGGCUCGAUGGUAUGGUCUUUCAGAUCAGAAGAUCGGUUCACUCAGCUUGAACCCAACGCAACCCAAUUUCAUGGUCACCGCUUCGAAUAGUCGAGCCCUGAGGUUAGUUGACAUCCGUCUUGAUGCACCUAUAACACCUCCACCAUCAUCGCCCGGCGCCCCAGAAGACGGGAACUCUGUGGGCACAGACGAAACGUUGAUUUUCGACUCGGCGACAGUGUCGGAAUACACACAAACCAAACGAGGCGAAGGGUGUUUACGGGGAGAAUGGAGACACGACAAGUCAGUGAGCUCGGCCUACUGGGACCCACGAGGUCGUUCUAUUGUUAGCACAAGCUAUGAUGACACCCUACGACUCUGGGAUUUCAAUCCGUCUUGCUUCGCAAAGAAUUCGUCGUUCCCAUCAGCACGCCCGUUCAGUCGCCUUCGGCAUAAUUGCCAAACAGGGCGGUGGCUGACGAUUCUCCGUGCGCAAUGGACACCUAACCCCGAUGUCUACCCUCACUUCACAAUCGGCAAUAUGGAUCACUCCUUGGACAUCUUCACAUGCAAGGGCGAUUUGAUUACCAGGCUGUCCGAUCCCAAGAGGAUUACGGCUGUCCAAGCUGUUACUUGUUCGCAUCCAAAUGUCCUGGAACGAGCAGCCAGUGGCAAUGGUAGCGGGCGCUGUGUGCUUUGGGCACCUGCUUAA